UCGGUCGGUAGACAGAAGAGUAAACAACAAACGAACCACAACAAUACAUACACACAUAGUAACACACUCAUACACGCUCAAACGAAACAGACGUAAAUGUUCGUUGGACAAAUGUUUGUGCGUUGAGAGACGCGUGAAUGUUGAACAGAGUCAGAAGAAUAGAAAGCAGUUUUAAUUCAACAACAAACAAUACAAUACAGCCGAGAGCGUUCUCUUCAUCGUCUUUUUUUCGUGCAAAAAAAGUCCAAUUCAAAACAUACACAUAAAAAAAUUCUAUAGAUAUAUCUUUUGUAUUGAGUGAAUGCAAAUUCUGUGUCUUUAGUGUUAUAUUUCACUUAAUGCAAGUUUGGCUUCAUUGUCUGGCACUCGUUGAGAGUUCAAUUGAAAUCCAUUUGAUUUUUGAAAUCCUGAACAAACGGAGAAGGAGCUAGCACAGAACUUUGGUGUUAAUUGCCGAUAAAUAUUCAAUAUGUGAUGUGUCUUUGAUGUGCGUAGUUGUAUGGACCAAUUAAUUCGAACCAAAAUGUUGUGAUCCCGCGUCAUGAGCGCUGUGCAAAUUAAAUAAACAUCGUAACAUCAAAUCAAAAUAUUUGUGAUAUUUGUGCAUACAUUCAAACUAAAAGCAGCACUAUGUCGACCAACGCUACAACAACUGAAAUCGAUGAAUUCCUAAACGGAGCAUUAAUUACAUGGCUGGAGUCAUGUUUACCACGUCCCGAACAUUUAAAUGGCUAUCAAUCGUUAUUCGAUGCAUCAAUUUUCCAUGCAGUUUGGCGAAAUAUCGAUCCAGAGCCACAAUUUUAUCCACAGCCUUUGACCGAUUUGGAUGACACCGCAAUACCGAUUGUUCGGGCCAAAAACUUCGAUAAUGUUAUUCGCAAUAUGCGAGCGCUGUAUGAAGAAGAACUGGGUCAAACAAUACUUGUUGUUCCGGACUGUAUGACUUUAGGUCACACACCAGAAUCAAAAGCUGGAUUGGAACAAAUGAAAUUACUAUUCACUUUACUGCUCGGCGCUGCGGUUCAAUGCCCUAAUAAGCAAUUUUUCAUUGCACGUAUUAAAGAACUAGAAGUAGAUACACAACAUGCCAUAGUUGAUAUCAUCAAGAGUGUGACAGAUUCACAAACACUGGUUCUUAACACGGACACCGUUGACAGCGAUCGACGUUAUAAUCUUAGUGUUGAACAUUUGAUUGAUUUGGUCGUCCGUAUUGCUCGUGAGCGUGACAAAUAUCACACCGAUUGGAUAACACAGGUGACACCGAAUCCAAACGAUGCAAAAUUUUCAACAUUAGAAACAUCCACCAACCAAACUGCCACAAUCAACAGUGACCAAAGUCAUUUUGCUGUUGAACUUGCCGACUUGAAGUCAAAAUUGAGAAAAUUGCGACAAGAUCUAGAUGAAAAAACCGAUGCCUACCUUCAAACAAAAGAGGAACUAGAGCACAAAAAUAGUCAAUAUGAAAAAUUGCGCCGUGAGACACAAGAAUGGUAUACCGAGUCAUGUCGGGCUGCAGCCUAUCGAGAUGAGGUGGAUGUACUUCGAGAGCGGGCCGACCGAGCUGACCAACUUGAGUUGGAAAUGCAACGGAUACGAGAAAAAUUAAGCGAUGCCGACUUUUUUAAAUCUCGUGUAGAUGAGCUCCGCCAAGACAAUGAAAUGCUCUCAAAAACAAAGGAAAUGCUAGAAGAUCAAUUGACACAGUCUCGAAAGCGAUUUGAACAGUCGAUGACCUUGGAAUCGGAAAUAAUUAAAUACAAGCAGAAACUGAAUGAUAUGGUGUUGGAGCGGGAUUCUGAUCGUGAAAAAUUGCAGGAGCUACUCGAUGAAAAUACCACACUGCAACUUGCCAUGAAAUCUUUGAAUAAACUCAGCGACGUUGAUCGAGUGAAGAGCAAAGAGAACGACAGUCUGGUCGGUGAUAACAGUUUGUCCGAACAACUCACAAACAAUGCACAGACUCGAGCUAUAAAAUUGGAGCUUGAAAAUCGUCGAUUGCAACAGGCUCUGGACGCUAUGCGAGAAACAAACUUCCAAGAAACGGCAAACAAAAUGUUAGAACUUGAAAAGGAGAAAAAAAUGCUUACGUUGAAAUUGGAACAAAUUCAGGAGAACUGUAAUCGAUUUACACAGCAAAAUCAAGAGCUCGAAGAAAUGUUCAAAAAUGCACUUGAAGAAAAUAAAAAACUUCAAGAUGCAAUCGAUAAUCGACAACAGGCCACCGAACGUCAGAUGCAAGACAAAGAGCUUGAUCGUCUAAAACUUGAUGCGGUCGAAAAGCAAGUAGAAACGCUGACAAAAGAGAAACAACGAAUUCAAAAUCUGAGCGUAAGCAUACAACGACGUGCAGACGAUUUGGAACGAUUCUUGGAAACGAAGAAAAAGGAGCUGGAAACAAUUUUACCAAAAGCCGAGGCAUGCGAUCGUUUCGAAAUCGAGACAUUGGAUUUGAAGGAGAAAAUCAGCGGAUUGGAAAAAGAAAAUGCCAACCUAAUGAAAGAUUUAAAUAAAUUCAAGGCAACUUUGGAGACAAAGGAAGUGCAACUCGAUGAAAACUGUGCUCAAUUGCUUUUGCAAACAAAUGAAAUUGAGACGUUGCGAAAGCAGCUAUCCACCGCUCAGACUGAAUGCGGCAAAAUUCAGGAUCUCGAAAGUAAAAACAAUGAAUACGUGACACAGCUCAAGAUGAAAGUCGAAACGCUUUCCACACUUCAAAAUGAUCUGAUAACAAAAAAUGUGCUCAUUUCGAAAAUUCAAAAAGAUCUCGAAAAAUUGAACAUCAAUUGGCCAACGAAUGACGAGGACAUGGUCGAUUUGAGUGUGGAAAAUGUUCUUGAAAAAUUGAUGCACAGUCCAGAAAAUUGGAAAGUGUUACGUGAAAUAGCCAAUCGUGAUGGUGGUGGCACUAGUGAUGACGGUAGCUCGGCAUGCAUUCUUUGUCAAAGGAAUGUUGAUGUUGUAGCUACCGAACGUGAAGCCGAUUUGGUAAAUCAAACCGAAGAAGUUCUGUCGUCUGUUUCAGCCGAAUGGAAGGCACAGUGUGAUCAACUCGCUGCCGCAAAUGUUGAACUACAAGCAACCAAUGAUACACUCAAUCAGGAAUUGAUAAAACAAAAAGUGGAUAUUUCAACGCUUGGAUCGCAAGUUACAUCACUGAACACACAACAUGUGGCGUUGCAAUUGGCAAACUCACAGUUGGCAUCCGAAAAAGAUGCUCUGGUCAAACAAAUGGAAACUAUUGAAGUCCAACAUAAAUCAUUGCUGGCCGAUCAAAAGCAAAUGCAAACGCUGCACGAUCAAUUGAGCAUCGAAUAUGAAUCGCUGAGUAAAGAGCAUAAAAAACUAAAAGAAUCCCUUCGAGAUGUACGCCAUGACAAUCGAAAUUUCCACGAUCAAGAGCAAAAUUUUAAACAACAAAUCAACGAAUUACAAACAAAACUACUUACAAUGAAGAAAGAGAACGAAGCGUACAGCAAUUUACGUUCGGAACAUUCCAAAUUAAAAGAUGACUUCCGUAGCCUAUUCACAACGAAUGAUCGUGUCAAAAAUGAAUACAAAAGUAUCCAGGAACAAUAUAAGAUAAUAAGAACGGAAAAUGCUAAACUCAAUCUUCAAAAUACCGAACUGAAUGGUGAACUUAGUGUUCGCAUCGAUCAAGCAAAGGCACUUGAAAUCGAACUUACUAAAGAGGCAAACCGAUGUGAGAUGUUGGUUCAAAUGAAUGCAAAUCUGGAUAUUGAUCGUCGAUCACUGAUGGACCAUGUGUCUCAACUUCUCACCCAAUACCAUGAACUGUUGGGCCAUUCGUUAGAUGACAAACAGCACUAUCAUGACGAAGAGAAACUAUUUACAGAUAAAGUGAACAAUUUACAUCGACAGAAAGAAAAAUUGGAGGAGAAAAUUAUGGAAUUUUAUAGAAAAGUCGAUAGUAAUCAAAAGAAGAAACCAUUCGGUAGCGGUGUAUUGAGACGCGUAAAGAAAGCCGGAACAGAUCUAAUGAACAAAGUUCCAACAAAAAGUAAUCGACGGUCAUGGUUAGAUGAAUCCCGUUUGACACAGUCCCAAUUUACGCUCGGUUUUGAAUCAGGUGGCAAUGAAUCGGAUAAUAGUGGCGAAGAGCCACACUCAACGGCUUCUGAUACGAAUUUACUGAAGAAAGAAACACAAAUAACAAUUCAACGCAAAGCAAACGAUCAGAAUAAUGAUGCAGUUUCGAACUAUCAACCAUUAAUUCGAGAUGAUCUGUUGCGAACAUCGCGCAACACUUUAACAGGGAGGUUUGAAUCACCCGAUGUGACUGGCAGCAGUCUUACUUUGGCCGCGGCCGGAAGUCGUCGCACUGUUUAUGUGGUGGAUGACAACUCAAAAUUACCUGAUACAACGACACAAACGUCCGACUCGGAAUUGAUUGGAUCGCAUGCCAGCAACAAUAGAAAUCACUCAAUAAUCAGCAAUAAUAAUUCAAGUAUUAGUAGCAAUAGCAAUAACAAUAAUCAUUCAACGUCUCAUGAUCAAGUUCCAUCCACUUUUGUAAUGUAUAACCGAAUCUCAAAUGUUAUGGGAGAUCCGAAAUCCAAUAACCAACAUUCGCCAAACAAUUCAGUCGUAAAUGAUAAUGCAAGCAAUGGAAAUGGUGGAAAAGAUAAAAAGAAAGGCGAUGAUCAUGUCUGGUAUGAAUAUGGAUGUGUUUAAAGCAAUGAAAUUCACCAAAUGCCACCGGCGCCUUAUAUUUGGUAUACACUGUGCUUACCGGUGUUUCCAAUUCAUUUUUUUUUUAAACAGAAAGUGCAUUUAAUUCGUAUAUGGCAAGCUAGUUAAAUAAGUUCAUUUUAAAACCACAUAUUAAUCGAUCAAUGUAUCCGCUUUUAUCCUUGCUUUUAACAUCAUUUGUGCAUAAGUGUCUUAAUUUGUUUAAUUCAAUAAUUCCCAUGUAUUGCCAGUAAAUUUAUUUUAGCUAAGUAUUAUUUAAUUU